UGGUGACGCGGGGCGCAUCCAAUUCUGCUGUUCGGUAUAGAAAAACGUGCUUAACGAAAAGCUACAUAUUAAACUUAUUGCCGGAUUCCUCUGAUUUAUCAUAUCUUGUACCUGCGUUGCGGCUGAGCCAUCGGCAACACCUCCUUCAACUUGUUUUUGGCCAGCGGUUAGGUACGGCACGUUCGAGCAGAAAAGUGAAAUAUACCUUCUUAAUUUGAUAACAAUAAGCUUAAUCUGCGGCGCUGCUUUAAUUUCAAUUAGGUUCAAAAAACCCGGUCGGAGCGACGUUUACGUAGCAGAUUCUUAUAAGAAAAACCCGUAUGUUUGUGCGCGAGUGUGUGUAAAAGAGCGCCGACGAUGCGCAAAAACGUCAAUUAAUUACAGCAGCAACAACAAUCGCACGGCGUAAAUAACGUGGGGCCAAAAGGUGCGAAUGAAGCGCAAGAAAAAGAAAAAUCAAUAGAAAUAGAAUGCAAAUCGCCGGUGAACAUUAUCGAUAUACGGCCCAUGCCCAAGCCCAGAUCCAAGUUAAGUCCAAAGCCAGCAGGAGCCAGCGAAUCGGCGCUAUUAAUAAAAAAUAAUAAUAUCGCAAUAUCGGGGCGGACCCUGCCUCGCCUACGCAAAUGAUGCGUUGCAAACUUGAGGUUGCGUAAUUGCCGCAGUCGAGUGUGCAAAUCUGAAUCCGCGCAAAAACCGCGAAUACCGAACUCGUACUUUGCCGCUAAAGCGUUAGAACAAAGUUCUUGGUCAGAUUCUCCUCUCUAGGGUGUCUGUGUGUAAGUCGUCGCCGUGCGCCUGUGUGUGCUCACCUCGCUAUAAGUGUAAGUUCUGUGCCAACAACAACAUGGCCGCCGCAACAGAUGUUUCUGCCAGGGCGGCCGCUGCUGCGUCGUCAACAUCGCCGCGAACAUCAGUAUCCAACAACAGCGGCCUGCCCGGCAAGCCCUUUGGUCCCGCCCCUUCGUCCGCGGGAGUAGCAGGCACUGCGGCAGCGUCCUCCACCGGACUACCCGCCUCCGUCUCGCACUUCUACUACAAGCACGGCCUCUUCUUGUCCAGCUACCCGACGUGUGCCUCCAGCAUCGCAUUAAUGGCGAUUCUGCUUUCGUGCUAUCCGUUAAUCAACAUACCGUUGCCCGGGACCAUACCCACCAAGAUUGUAUUACCCUACGAGGCUGGGUCCGGAUCACAAUCAGGGCACAAUCAUAAUACAUCCUCGAUUACACCGCAGAAACCGCACCCUUCCGUCGAACCCUGGUCCGCCGAACGCGCACAGGUACUCAAUAGCAGCACCACGGACCGGAGUCCGCCUCCCCUUUUGCCCUGGGCGCAAAGCAGCCCCACCUUUUUCUACGUCCAGCAGAUUACUCUGCGGGCUAGUGUUCUCCCGUGGACGGAGGGUAUGCAGCUUAUGGAUGCGUUUCGAGCGCCGCUCUACGAAGUUUUUAAACUGCUUGAAAUUGUGCGCAAUCACCAGAGCAGUGAAAACAAGCGUACCCUGGAGCACAACUGCCUACAUGUAGAGAACGUAAAACGCGGAUCACACGGGCAGCUGGACCAGAUUUUUCCGGAGUAUGGCUGCCUGCUGCUCUCGCCUGCCAACCUGUGGACUCAGAACUCUCAGAACUUUACUCGGGACACAAACAUUCUGAACACAAUAUUUCAGUACCAUAACCUGCAGAAAUCAAAAGUUUCCGCGGCGGAAAUGCUGUUCGGUUUGCCUAUGCAGGACACUGGAUUUAAGCGUUACCCGCUGCGCGCUCGAUCGCGUAUUAUACAGUAUGCCUUGACAUUGGUCCUUAAGCACAAUGAUAUGGAGUACCUGAACACACUGAAGGCAAAGCUGCAGGGGCAAUACCCGCCACUCCCGUUGGAUAGUGCGUCGGCGGAGGAGGCGACCACCAUAACUUACAUAUUUUACCCGGGAGAGUACAGGAUGUGGGAACUGGUGCCCUACACAGUGGCCUUUAUGUUGGUGUUUGCGUACGUCUACUUCUCUGUUCGUAAAAUCGAUGUGUUUCGUUCCCGCUUUUUGCUGGCCCUAUGUAGCGUAAUUACCACAGUCGGAAGCUUGGCCAUGUCCCUUGGCUUGUGUUUCUUCUUUGGCCUGACAAUAUCGUUGCAGUCAAAGGACAUAUUUCCCUAUCUUGUAAUCCUUGUAGGAUUGGAAAAUAGUUUGGUGAUCACGAAGAGCGUUGUCUCAAUGGACGAGACAUUCGACGUGAAGAUCCGCGUGGCGCAGGCCCUUAGCAAGGAGGGUUGGCAUAUAUCCAAGACUCUUCUGACGGAGAUAACAAUUUUAACAAUUGGCCUUGCCACGUUCGUCCCCGUCAUACAGGAGUUUUGUAUCUUUGCCAUAGUCGGCUUGCUUUCCGAUUUUAUGCUACAGAUGCUGCUCUUUUCAACAAUAUUGGCCAUGAACAUUAAACGGACCGAGUAUACGGCGGAGGCCAAGCACCUUCCCAAGAUGUUGCUGAGCUGCACCCAAGGGACUGGACGACAGGAUUUUCGAUUUUUUGGGGCCGCCCCAGCAUUGCCCCCGUUUAUCCCUGGCACAUUUCAACGUUCUCAGUCGCAUCCAAAACUCUGUUUUGCUGAUGCCGCAUCUGUUACCGAUCGAACAAGCAUGGUUAAUGGACACUUAUCGGCGGAGCAGCGAAUACCUAAACGCAUCAAGAUUGUAAACUUCUGGGCGCGCACGCGCUUUUUUCAGCGUGCAUUCAUGAUCUGGAUGAUUGUGUGGAUCUGCUCUAUUGUAUAUAAUUCGGGAUAUCUGGAGCAGUUGUUUAGCAUGGAGAACAACGGUACAAUGACGGCAACUCUUGAACUUCAACGGCGCCUACAGGCAGGUCGGGGAGCAGUCAGCAGUUUCUUCGAGGGAUGGCAAAAGGACGGACAGCGUGCUACGAGCGCGCCGAGCGACAGCGGCUUUUCUUCGUCCAUAAAAGCUCCGCUAGCGAUCGACAUAAACGAGACGGCCGAGGAUAUGUUGAGACUGCGAUAUCCAAGCUUUGACUUAAACUAUUUUCUUUCAAACUUUCACUGGUCCACGAUUAUGAAACAGUACAACAUCUCACUAAGUGGGCACUACGUUACCCUGCUGCCGACCAUUCGCCUUAGUCAUGCCAUCGCUCCAGAGCUAGCCACUCUAUUGCGAAAUCCGCAGGAGCAGCUGCAACAAAAUUUUCAAUGGAAGGCCCUAGCGGCUGCACUUGAUCCGCUGGACUUUAAUGACGACGACGUGCGCCGCGAGUCUCCGAUGGUUAUGGCAGAGGGGUUGCCUUUGGUACCCAAAAGCCCUAUGGAAAUAUUUUUUGCCAUCCUCUUGUGCUGCAUUAGCAUCUUCGUGCUUUGCUACACUAUGGUGGUUUUUUAUCGCUGCAUCUGUACCAGGAACUACGCAGAGUGGCGCUCUAGUUGGCACGAAUCCGAGGCGCCGUACAAGCAGACUGAACAAAUCCUGGAGGGAGUUCCAACGCAAAUCGCCGGACACAAGCAUCGCAUUGAGUGUCUGAUAUCUGACGGCGCCAGCAUCAUAAGCUGUUGCCUUAAAGGUCAAAUCCGAGUGUGGGAUGCACGCAGUGGCGAGCAACUAACCAGCAUCUCCCGAUCGGAUAUUCAGAUCUCUCAGCAGCGACCGGAUGGGCAGACGCUGGUACGAAAGCUAACCGUGUCACCGGUGUGGUGUCUGGACUACUUCGACAAUCUUAUCGCAGUAGGCUGCGCCAACGGACGCGUAGAAUUGUGGGAAUCCCCUGCGGGAUUGCUUAAAUGUGCAUACCAAGAAGACGCGAAGAGAAACCAGGGUAUAACCCACAUUCACCUCAACGGCGAUCGGGUGAUUGUGGCGCGUCUUAACGGCCGACUAGAUGUCUACCGCUUGGAGACGUACUACAAGGGGAAGCAAAUCGACUGGGGUUUUACCUCGGCUUACAGGCGCACUCAUGUGCGAACUGGAUCCACUGGAAGCCUGGGAUUAAUAAUGCAACGCUGUCAGCAAGAAGCAUCUCAGAAGACCACCAAGGAGGAAAUGAAAAUCACAUUGGAGGGUGUAAGACUAGCGCAUCAGCAACCAAUCACAUGCAUGCAGGUCGUUAACGACAUGGUGUUCACUGGCAGCCAGGAUCACACCCUCAAAGUGUAUUGUCUUAACAAGUCCGAUGUUGAGUAUACGCUCCAUGGUCACUGUGGGCCCGUAACGUGUCUCUUUGUGGAUCGCUGGCAACCGGGCACGGGAGGGUCUGGGUCGCAGGACGGUCUGCUCUGCGUAUGGGAUCUGUUCACAGGCGCCUGCAUGUAUAAUAUCCAAGCUCACGACGGUGCCGUCAGCUGUCUGGCCUGUGCACCCAGUUACGUAAUCUCGCUAGGAACGGACGAGAGGAUCUGCGUGUGGGAACGCUUUCAGGGAAACCUGUUAACUACCAUCAACAUCUCAAACGCGUACUCGAGUCUACUGAUGUUAACACCGUCACUAUUGGUUACGAGCAAAAUGGGAUCUCUUAUUGUGUGGGAUGUGCGCACUGGGCAGCCGGCUCGCGAGGUCAAACUGGACUUUGCAAACCUGCAGCUAUGUCCCAAAAUAAUGAUGCUUGCCUGCGACUCGGUAGUUUGCGACUACGGAAAUGAGAUCCGCGUUGUCCGUUUUCCCAUUGUGGCUGACAAGUGCCACUAAAGCGCAAAAGUUUAAUUUUACAUGGCUCGCUAGUACCUAGGAAUAAGUUGACUUAAGGCUAUCAAACGCCUCGAAGCCAUUGACGCAUUCACUAUUUUAUUUAUAUAUAUAUUUGUUUAGGGUCUGCAGCAAAUUAAAAUUUUAACACAAGUUAUACGUAUCUCUUGGUUAGAUUUUAGUAAUAAUAUUUGGACACUAAGUGUAACAGCUUCAGAAACUAAACUAAAGGAAUCAGAAAUAUACCCAUAUAUUUUUGUGUAAUUAUAUUAACUACAUAGUGUCUUAAAGCGCCUCAGCCAGCCUAAAAACAAAUGAUUAGAUAUUAAAUUAAAUACAUUAUUCAUUAGAAUCACCUACGCUUAAUUUUCAAAAUGAAAAGAAAAACUUAAAAAAAAAUAAAUAAUUGUGUUUCCAAAUUUAAUCAUCUCCA